AUCUCAUAAAUGAUAUAAAUUUUGUAUUCUGAUGCUUUAAUUAUUGCUGUGUAUCCAAUCCAUAAGCUCCAUCUAUCAAUCUAUCUCCUCUGCGCCACUCAGUUAUCACUUCAUCAGAUUUCGCAGCUUCUGGAAACCAUUGAGUUCUUCUUUUGUUCUGUUUGGAUAUUUCUGAUACAUUCACUUUCUGACCUUGUCCCACCCUCAUUUGUUUUGUUCAGUUUUUGUGCCACUUUCCCGGUAAAGUUUGUUGCUUUUUCAGUUCAGCACCAACUCCUUUUAAUCAUUCAAACCCAGAGGAAAAUUUUCAUUCUCCCUUCUUUUCUCUUGUUUUGUAACGUGACUAUGUGGCCUUGUUUGGCUGGUUUGAUUUAAUCUCAAGAUUUAAGGUUGAAGGGUGUUUCUUAAACGUUGAACAAAGGAGACUUGGCUUGAGUUUUCUUCAAGGCUUAGUUUAAUAGCGAUUGAAAGAGAGAGAGAAAAAGGUGUGGCAUUGUUUGCCUAAGAAUCUCUGAAGGUGUUGAAAUUACAACAUUGUUGGCAAAGAGGUUGAAAAAAAGAGAGAGAUUACGGAGAGAAAAAAGGAAAAAAAGACAUGGAAAGAUAAAUAAAGAGGUGGAUUGAGAUUUUGCGGGAAAUUCGGGGUCUGAACGUCAAAAAAUAGAAGUCCUUCAUUGUGGAGAUUAUUUGCAUUUUCUUUCUCUUUCACAAAAAUUGCAAUCCCCACAAUAUCUCUCUUUCCUCUUGUUUUUGUUUUCUUCCUCAUCUUUGUCGUUCCCUCUGAUUUCAGGGUUGGGAGAGAAGCUGACAACUCCAUCUUCCCUCCCUUCUCUCUCUCUCUCUCUUUCUCUCUAUCUCUCUCUCUUUCUCUCUCUCCCAACAUCAUGAUUUUUAAUAAAGGGUCAAUGCAUUCUAACCUUGACUGUUUCGUACGGAGUACCACACCUGUGGUUCAAUCUCAGUUUCUUCCUAAGUCCGAGAUUAAAAACCUGAACCGUUUGUGGCAUCCGUGGGAAAGAGAAACAGUGGAAUAUUUCACCUUGGGUGAUCUAUGGAAUUGCUAUGAUGAAUGGAGUGCUUAUGGAGCAGGAGUUCCCAUCUCCUUGACCAGUGGGGAGACACUUGUGCAGUACUAUGUGCCCUAUCUCUCCGCAAUUCAGAUAUUCACCAGCAAUAGUUUCAGGGAAGAGACUGAGUCUGGUGACUGUGAGACAAGGGAUUCCUAUAGUGAUUCUUUCAGUGAUGAGAGUGAGUGUGAUAAGUUAUGGAGGUGGGAUGGAACUUCCUCAGAAGAAGGAGGGUCUGAGCAAGACUGUCUCUGGCAUUUGAAUGAUAGAUUGGGUCACCUCUAUUGCCAGUAUUUUGAAAGAGCAACUCCAUAUGGAAGAGUUCCUCUCAUGGAUAAGGUUACUGGUUUAGCUCAAAGAUACCCAGGGUUGAUGUCAUUAAGAAGCGUAGAUCUUUCACCAGCAAGUUGGAUGGCCGUUGCGUGGUACCCUAUAUAUCAUAUCCCAAUGGGAAGAACAAUUAAAGACCUUUCCACAUGUUUCCUCACUUACCACACGCUUUCAUCUUCAUUUCAAGGCAUGGAUCUUGACGAUGAUAUUGAGGGUGGCCACGAGAAGAAAAAGCAAGGAGAAGGCAUUUCCCUGCCAGCAUUUGGUUUGGCAACUUACAAGAUGCAAGGAGGGAAUGUGUGGGUUGCAGGCAAUUGUGGUCGGGACCAAGAAAGGCUUUUGUCACUAUUAAGUGUGGCAGAUUCAUGGUUGAAGCAACUUAGGGUCCAACAUCAUGACUUUAAUUACUUCACGGGCAUUAGGCAUGGCUAAAAGGAUCAAUCCACUACUCUACAAAGAGUUCGCACUUGCAUAGCUAAAAAUCCUCCUUUUCUCGGAUGUUUGGUUUUUAUGCACUUUCUUGGACCAUUAAUUGCACUUUUUUUUUACCUUCCUUGAGUGAGUGUGAGGAAUGAGGAUAUGUACGUUGUUGUUGAUAUUUAACACUUGAGAGAGUUUUAGGACCAACGCUUUUAGAUUCGAAGCAAAAAGGGUGACUUGUGAAUUGACUUGAAGAGGUAAUUGUAUGUAAAGAGAUAGGUGAGGGAGGUCAGAGAGACAGAGGUGAGACUAUAUAGUGUGUCACUUGCCAUUGAUCAUAAUGGUUAAUUAAUUGAUGGGAUGAAUGAUGUGGAAGUAGAUUGCACAUUUUUCUCAAAUUUUCUUUGCGUGUUAUCUUACCAAUUCCCACCGG